AUGGGUUAUGUACUCAUAUUGUUAAUACUCUUUGUCGUCAUAUAUGCACUUGGGUAUUUGAUUUAUAAAAGUUAUUUCUAUUGUCCACCAAUUGAGCAAAAGCAAUUAAGAAAUAAAUGUGUCAUAAUAACUGGAGUAUCACGUGGCAUAGGUGAAGAAUUAGUCUAUGAAUAUGCACGUUACAAUUGUCGUCUUAUAUUGGCUGCACGUAGUAUUGAUAUACUAAAAAAUCAAGUUGCUCAAAAAUGUCUUUCAUUAGGUGCAACACAAGUUGAAUGUAUUCAAUUUAAUGCAUCAACAGAACAAGCAUGUAUUGAACUUAUUAAAAAAACAAUUGAAUAUUCUUGUACUUAA